UCUCCAGAAGAGCAUCAGGCAUAAGGAAUUGGCCAGCAAUAUCAAACCACAACAUGGAGAAUAAAUCCACAAGAACUAGUUUAGCCAAAUUCUCUCCCAUCUUCACACCAACAUCUGCAGCAGCUUCUGCCCUUUCCAAAACAAAAUCCGAAUUAAAGAAAACUCAACCUUCUGCUUCAUCUUCAACCUCCAAAAUUUCAAGACUCUCUUUUAGGAAAAAAGGGAUUGGAAAUAUCAGUGCUUCAACUCAUUCAACAAGCUCAUUUGCGUCGCCUGCGAAUCCGACCCGCCAUUCCCCCUUUGCAACGCUCUUUUCGCCCGUUCACAAGCAGCGAAGAUCCGUUGAUUCGAAAGAUGUGAAAGAAGCAUCGAAUUUGCAGAGCAGCUUGCAAAUUCCGAAGAGUAUGAGGCCUUCUGGACUGCGGCCACCUUCGCCCCGCCACAGAUUCUUCGAUGAGAGCACUCCUCAGCACGCGGAAAGAAGCAGAAAAAUGCCUCAGAAAAAUCGUAAGAACCCUAGCUCAGAAUCGGGUAAAAGGGAUAUUACAGCUGCCGCCAUUGAUGAGAAAAAUGGGAAGAAGGAAGUGAAUUUUCCUGUGCAUCAACUUGAUAAUCUCUGCAGAAAUUUUGAGGCCGUCGCUCUGGAAAGCGAGAAAAUCAGUAGUGUGAAAGAAGAAAAUAAGCAGCCGAGUUCAAGAAUGGCUUCAUCGAGGCCGUGUAGGAGAACUCCACUCGCAGACAAAACACCCAAAUGCAAUUUCAGUAGAGCAUUUGCAUCGCCAUUGAUGGAACCAAAGAAAGAUCAGAAGUUGGCGAGGAGAGCAUCAUCUGUUAGAUAUGCUUAGUGAUAUGAUAAUUUUUUCAGGACAAAUUUAAAAUAAAAGUUGUUUAUUACUAUCAAAUUGGAUUUGUUGGAGUUUAUUACAUGAUGUUUAAGAACCUAUAAGUAGGGGUGGUAAUCGGUCCGGUUCGGUUAUAACCGAACUGGUUUUCCGGUUACCGGAACCGA